GGUUGACUGUAGGUUGAACGCAGCUCAGGAGUUUCCGCUCAGCUUCAUGCUUGGACCACAAACAACCUUGGAUCUGUGAAUACGAGGAAAAGAGCAGAUUUCAGGUCGUCAGAGUUUCAUAACAGUGUUGUAUUAUUGUUUUAAGGCGAUAAUAUUAAACUGUAUAAAGUUUACGACCCUCUUACGUACCCGGCGAAAAACAACGUUGACAAACCAGUCACCAGGUUGAAGAUGUCUCUCCCAAAAGUUUCCCAUCUCCCGCCGUUGAGGUUGCUGAGCUCUAUCCAUAACCCACAUCUGCUCCUUUGCUCCAUCGCUCCUCCAUCUGUUCCCAGAAGAACUUUGAGCCAGAGUGGAUAUCGGCGGCCUGGCAAAACGAGAGAUGACAGGCUCCCGUGGCAGAAGAUCGACUUUGACUUUUGGAAGGGUGUGGAGGGAAUAAAGAAGCACUUCAAACUGCUGAAACAAGAGCUCACUGACCCUUUGAUUGGUCCAGAGGGCAAACCAAUCCUGGAGCACAUGAAGGAGCAAAACCGGGUGGUAUGGGAAUUCAGAGGCCCCGAGAGCCUGGCGGGGUGGACGGUUUCUUGCGAUAAAGAGAUUGGAGGUCAAAGUGAAGUUUACCUAAAGCUUGGAAGGAACGACACGUGUUUUCUGUAUGGGAGCCUCAAUUCUGCUCCUCCGAAAGAUGGAGAAACGCGCUACAGCGGAUACUGCACCAUGCGCUCAAAGCAGCCUCUGGCAUCCUUUGACAGAAAAAAGCACUUUGACUGGUCCAGUUUUAACACCCUGCACCUGCGGAUCCGUGGUGACGGCCGCCCGUGGAUGAUUAAUAUCGCAACUGAAAAUUAUUUCUCUCAUCAAAAAGACGACCUUUACACCUACUUCCUGUUCACCAGAGGAGGACCUUACUGGCAAGAUGUAAAGAUACCCUUCUCCAAGUUCUUCAUCACACAUCGAGGGAGGAUACACGACCAACAGCAUCCUCUGUGGCUGGACAAGAUUAAUACCAUCGGGUUCACCCUGGGAGACAAAGCAGACGGCCCUUUUCAGCUUGAGAUUGAUUUUAUUGGCGUCUGCAAAGAUUACGCUCACACAGAGGACUUCGCUUACGAGAUGUACAAGAGGAACCCAACAGCUUAGGGGCCACCACAACGCAGCGUUUAAACCGUUAAGCAGCCAAUUAAAUACAGAUGUGUGGAAAUUC